UCCUCCGUCCAGCGUUCAUUCACUACGAUGCGCGCCUAGUUGAAGGAGGCUCUCCACAGCCGGUCCCCUCUGCGAGCCUAAAACUUUCUAAUGAAAUCCCCAAACACUUUUUGACAAACAUCCUUUUUUUUCUCGACGGGUCGAGGCGGUUUUCGACAUAUUAAUCCGCGUUUUUAUUGAAAAGAAAACUUCAGAAUAUGGAGCCCAGUUCCACAGAGGGAGGAGCUGAGGAGACGCUCCUUAAAAAUCAUCCAAGUCCUCCUCACAAAGUGAUACUCAAACAUGGCCAGGAGCUGGAGGAAGAGCAGGAGGAGAUGGCCGAGCAUCACCCUCUAGAGCAGGAAGACCUGAACUUUGAGAGAUGGAAGCGCAGACCGAUUCCCCAGAGGACGCUCCACCAGAAAAUAGACGACUUGAAGAAAUACCUGUGGAAUGCAGAGACCAACGAAUUCAUGGGUCGCUCUGGGAAGAGCUGGAGCCUCAUCCUUCUCUUCUACGCUGCACUUUAUAUGUUUCUUGCAGCCAUGUUUGGUGGCUGUUUGUUUUGCCUCAUGUGGUCUAUUAGUCCCUACCAUCCCACCUAUAAUGAUAGAGUGAUGCCACCAGGUAUGACGAUGGCCCCACACCUAGAAGGCCAUGAGAUUACGUUUAAUGCAUCUGAUCGCAAAUCCUGGAAGAAGUAUGCCAGGUCCAUGGAUGAAUAUCUAAGACCCUAUAACGAUGGUGCUCAGGACAGGAAGAAUAUUCGCUGCUCACAGGACACAUACUUCAUGCAGGACGAUUUGGAGGAGAGUGCAGAGCGGAAAGCGUGUCAGUUUAAGCGGUCCUGGUUGGGGGAGUGUUCAGGGCUGCGGGAUCCUCACUAUGGCUAUUCUCAGGGAAGGCCAUGCAUCCUCCUUCGAAUGAACCGGAUUCUUGGAUACUUGCCUGGCCAAGGCAAACCAAUAAAUGUGACUUGUGGAGUUAAGAAAGGACCACCAGAUGCUUUAGGGGAGAUCCAGUUUUUCCCUAAAAGCAUUUUUGACAUGAAGUACUAUCCGUACUACGGGAAGCUCAGACAUGUAAACUACUCUUCACCGGUGGUGGCUGUGCGUUUUGCAGGACUGCAGUACGACACUCACAUCCAAGUACAAUGCAAACUGAACGGAAAGGGCAUCAUCAAUGAUUCACCCACUGACCGCUACCUGGGCAGUGUGACCUUCUCCUUUGACGUCGGGGCGUAAGGGGGAAGCAUGACAACGAGGCAGGAAAAUAAGUACAAGAAAAAGAAAUGUGUUGAACCAUUAUUUUCCAUGAAUUAUAUCACUCCCUUCUCCCCAUCUUUCACUUAAAUGUCCACAUCUUCUGCUGUGAAACAAAAUCCUCAAGAAGUAGAUAUUUUCUCUGGUGUUUCUGUUGUAUCUUUGUUCGCUGAGUGUGCUACUGGCACCUGCACCCACCACAAACAGUGCUGAGCACAGGACGAGUGCAUAGAGUGAGUUACAGUUCAAUUCCUGAUAUUUUGUAAUGAUUAGCAAGAUUAAUCAAACUAAAUUACACUCUGCCCAAUAGUUAGCAUUUCUGGCUAUGCAAAUCCAAUUAUGACUUAAAACAUUAAUAGGGAAUUAGAAAUAUUAUGUUGCCAGGCUAGAUUAUGGUUUUGUGUGCACAAUUUUGUGUGACAAAGUGUACUAAUUUGUUUUGCAUUAUAUUUUUCAAACCUGUAUAUUGUAAGAAUUCAAAGAACUAUCAUGCAAAUACUGAAAGCAGGACUUGUACUGUACUUACACGGUAAAAAAAAAAGAUAUAAUAAAUGCAAAUACAUGAUUACUAUAUUUUUGUUGAAUAGAGCAGUAUUAUACAGUUAUGAUAAAGUAUCACAAGCCACUUCUUCUUUUGUAAAAACAUUUGCUUUUGAAAAAUGAAAUACUACACAAGACUGAUCAAUAAAGAGACAUACUGUGCUGUGAAAUAGUUUGUGAAAGGUCUGUACCGUUUUAAAAUAUAUAACUAUUUUGUGAUAGCAUUAAUCCUGCCUGAACUGUGCUACUAAACUUGGUAUCAAUGUUGUAUUUAUUCCUAUUAUAGUACUUAUAAUAAAUACAAUGUUCUGGUU